AUGUCGACCAUCUCGCGCACGCUGCGCAAUCUGCGGCGCAUAGGGUUGAAGCAGUAUGGCAUCCAACUUCACUACCAGGGCGACACCAAAGCCGGCACGCUGGUCGGCACCGACCGCAUGGGCAACAAAUUUUACGAAAACCUGACGGAAGACCUCCCUCUACGCACCCGAUGGGUAGAGUACUCACAAAAGGAACUCGACGCCUCACAGAUCGACCCGGGCUGGCACGCCUGGAUCUCGUACCUGGUCGACAAGCCGCCAUCCGAGGACAAGAUCAUGCAGAUGGGUCUGCGGCCGUGGGAAGACCACUAUACGCGCAUCAACUACACGCAGAGCCGGGGCGCUUACAAGCCUUAUUCGACGACGAAGCCGAAAUACUCUGCUUGGGACCCCGUGGCGAAGCCGAGGGAUGGGCAGAGUCUGUUUCAGACCAAGGAUGUUCGGGAAGGGGGCGAGUAUGAGCAGCGGGCGUCGUGA